CCCUGAAGCGCAUCCUGUGCCAUGACAAGGAGGACCGCCAGGCCGCCCUGCGCGAGGUGGAGAUGCACGGCCUCUUCGACCACCCCAACAUCCUGCGUCUCGUGGCCCACUGCAUGGUGGAGAAGGGCACCAAGCACGAAGCCUGGCUCCUCCUCCCCUACGUAAAGGGGGGGACGCUCUGGAGGGAGGUGGAAGCACUUCGAGAGAAAGGGACCUUCAUGCCAGAGCAGCGGAUCCUCCUCAUCCUCCAUGGGAUCUGCCGUGGGCUGCAAGCCAUCCACAGCAAGGGCUACGCGCACAGGGACCUCAAGCCCACUAACGUGCUGCUGGAUGAGGAUGACCGGCCUGUGCUGAUGGACCUGGGCUCCAUGAACCAAGCUCGCAUGGAAGUCAGCAGCUCUCGGGAGGCCAUGGCCGUGCAGGACUGGGCUGCCCAGCGCUGCACCAUCUCCUACCGUGCCCCCGAGCUCUUCACGGUGCCGAGCCAGUGUGUCAUAGAUGAGCGUACAGACAUCUGGUCCCUAGGCUGCGUGCUCUACUGCAUGAUGUUUGGGGAGGGCCCCUACGAUGCCAUCUUCCAGAAAGGUGACAGCGUGGCUCUGGCAGUGCAGAACCCCAUCGUUAUGCCCCCCACGACCAGGUACUCGGUGGCCUUGCAGCGCCUGCUCUCCUCCAUGAUGACGGUGAACCCC